UUGGCCGGUUACCAUGGAGGAGAGCUGGAUGGAGAGGUGAGAGCGAUGAAGGGUCAGCGGUGAGAAGUUUCCCAGCAUCCUCGCUGACAGGCAGAGACAUGUCGGCCAUCUUGGACCGUAACGGGGGAGAAGGAUUGAUGCGGUGACACGAGGCAUGUUUGGUGCUAACCGGAAGAAGUUUAUGGAGGGAGGAGUAGAGAGCGAUUAUGCAGAUGACUCCAGUCUAUACUACAGCCAACAGUCUAUGUUCCCUUCACACCGUGCUGACAAAGACGAUGUGUUUUCUUUUCAGAUGUUGGCGUCUUCCUCUGCUUCCUCGACAGGUCAACUCUCCCAGCUGGGGGCCAGUUUAUAUGGCCCACAGAGUGCGUUGGGGUUCCCAAUGCGAAACAUCAACAGCAGCACGGCACCUCAGUUAAGUCGCAGUGGGCUGAAUCAGUCUGCCAGCCAACUCUCCAGUCACACCAACACACCCAACACUGGCACAAUGCACACGCCUCCCUCACCAAGCAGGGGGAUUUUACCAAUGAGCAGCAGGAGUGUAAUGAACCACAGCCAGCAGGUGGGGGGUCCAGCAGGUCAGCCCAUUGGAAUGGGCGUGGAAAGGUCCGGGAGGAGUGGAAGUAUGGGGAGUCCGAGCCGAUCGUCGCCCAGCAUAAUCGGCAUGCCCAAACAACAGCAAUCGCGACAGCCAUUCACCAUCAACAGUAUGUCGGGGUUUGGUGUCAACAGGAAUCCAGGCUACAACAUGAACAACUCUCUCUCCAACAACAUCUUCAAUGGCACAGACGGCAGUGAGAAUGUGACGGGGCUGGACCUGUCUGAUUUCCCCGCGCUAGCAGACAGGAGUCGAAGGGACGGCGGCUCCAACCCCACCCCCUUACUCAACCCAUUGGCUGGAAGGGCGCCAUACGGUGAGAGAUUGUUUGGCAUGGUAACCAAGCCGUCCAGUGAGCAGUCGCAGGACUUUUCCAUCCAUAAUGAAGAUUUCCCUGCUCUCCCUGGGCCAAACUACCAAACAAAAGACCCCACCAGCACUAGUGAAGACAGCAAAACGAAUCUCAACUCAUCAGGAAAGUCCAGCUCCAGCUCAGAUGGUCCAAAGUUUCCAGGCGACAAAAGCUCUGUCACUCAAAGUAACAACAACCAGCAGAAGAAAGGGAUUCAGGUGCUUCCGGACGGCCGUGUGACCAACAUCCCAGUCGGCAUGGUAACGGACCAGUUUGGCAUGAUCGGGCUGCUGACGUUUAUCCGGGCCGCUGAGACUGAUCCUGGCAUGGUCCAUCUUGCACUCGGGUCGGACCUCACAACACUUGGCCUCAACCUCAACUCACCCGAGAAUCUCUAUCCUAAGUUUGCGUCUCCGUGGGCGUCGGCACCCUGUCGACCACAAGACAUAGACUUCCACGUCCCCUCCGAGUAUUUAACCAACAUCCACAUAAGGGACAAGUUAGCAGCAAUCAAGUUGUCGCGGUACGGCGAAGAUCUGCUGUUCUAUCUGUACUACAUGAAUGGAGGAGACCUGCUACAACUUCUGGCUGCAGUAGAACUCUUCAACAGGGACUGGCGGUACCAUAAAGAAGAGCGGGUUUGGAUCACCCGUGCCCCCGGGAUGGAGCCUACACUGAAGACCAAUGCCUACGAGAGAGGGACCUACUACUUCUUUGACUGCCUCAACUGGAGAAAAGUGGCCAAGGAGUUUCAUCUGGAGUAUGACAAACUAGAAGAGCGACCUCACGUUCCCUCCACCUUCAACUACAAUCCUGCCCAACAGGCGUUCUGAUGCGCUCUUGCUCCUCCUACCUACCUGCCUGCCAUCGACCCUCCUGGUUCAUCAGUCGUCUCUCCACGAGGUUUCUCCUCCUCCACACACCCAAUCUGGCCAAUGGGGACUCUGGACGGGAGACUUCAAGCCGGCUCCCGCCGUCCUCUCUGAAUAGACGUUAUCAUUUUAACUUUUCUCAGUUUCUUUACCUCAUUUGUUUUUAAACUUUAUUUCCCAUCUUCCCUCCAUGUUUGGUUGGUCUCUUCAAUGGACUCAGGCACACAAGCACUGUAAAUAACUGUCCAUCUGAUCCAGUGAUUCACGUUUUUACUCAGUCUCCAGAAUCGGCUAUUUUUGCCUCGCGCAGCUUUUACAACCAGAUUUUAAACAUUAAGACCAGACUUCAAUCACUGGUCAGGGAGGAUAAGUGUUUCAGUUUUCUUCGUUUUUGACCCACAAAUCAGAAGCUCUUACAUCAGCAGACAGAUGAAAUGAAAUGUACAUUGUAGCACUAUUUCUUAAUAAAAGAGGAAAAUGAUUUUGAUUGGUUUGAAGAUUUUUAUUUGAACGUAAUGCUCAACAACUGUUCCUACUUUAUUGCAGAAUAUCUGGUUUGAUCUCUAUUAGUUACCCGUGAAAUUUUCUUCAAAAUUUGCAAGUUCUUAAGAAAAAACAUUGGAUAUUUUUUCCCCUCUCACUCAAAUAUUCAGCUCCUAAGCAACAGGAAAAGUGAGUUUGAGGAGGUCCAGUCACUAAACCGCCCCUGGUUUGAAUCCAGACUCACUGAGUGACGUGUGAAAUGUGCCUCUAAGUCCUCUUGGCACCUUCGAGUGUAAACUUUAAUCAACUGUUUAAUCCUCUAAGGGCCUACUAGUUAGGAUUUGGCGCACACAUGACCACCAGUUCCUUCCUGAAAUAACCUGGUAUUGGCAACUGGCGCUGGCAUGGACAGUCCAACGUUAUUAGUUCUGCUAGUGGUUUCAGAGCGCCACGAGGUUUGGAAGGGAUCAGACAAUCUGCUGUCAAUCUUCACACUGACAGACUCCAUAUGUUCUUAUAUGUGUUCUUCAUCUAUUUUCAGUUCUGCUUUGACUUUUUUUCCCCACAUCAUUUUCCUUUUAGUGGCAACAGACAACUGCUUUGAAUUGACUUGAAAUUCUGAUGUCACUGGGCAUCUGAGAUGGCAGUGUGACUGUUUAUAAAUGUCAGGAGCGUUGCCAUACUCUCUUAUCAAUAGGUGAAAAAAUGUGAAGGUCAUAUUACACAGAUUUGCCAUUAUGAACUGAAUUUAUUGCACUUAAAUUAUUCUUGAAUCACAUUUUCAAAGUGUUGGCUGCCACAAGCACUUGUCUGGUGCCACCCAUUUCCAUUGUCUUUACCCGCGGUGUCUAUUCUGCCUGGAAACAGUUGGACCAACAAAGACAAAAACUCAAACCCGGAAACACUUUGGCUGCCAGCAAUACAAGACUCAUCCAUCUGUGGAGACGUUUUACAGGGAACAACCCCAACUCUAUCCUCACGGAGCGGUUCACACGGGCCAGCGAAGCGACCACGCCAAGACCCUGCCCCCUGAACCAUGUGACCUUUGGAGAAGAUUGUGACUAGAUGAGGACUGAGGCACUUGGCCGUCGGCUGUUUUAUGAAAUAUGGCAGCUAGUGUUUUAUUAGGAAAAAUAAUGAAAUAAAUA